UUUUCCCAAUAUAUAUUCUUUCUCUUCUUUCCCCUUUUCUCCCUCUUUCUUCUCCCUUCUUAUAUUUAACUCUGGACUUGUUUUUACCUCCCUUUUGCGUUCCAUGUAUGGUUUCCUUGCUGCUUCUGUCUCAUGUCUUCUUCUUCUUCUUCACCUACUUUCAUUGCAUAGCUGGCCUAAUUCUCUACUUGCCCCUUUUGAGUGUGUGAUUUUCUGGUUCUUCUCUGCAUUUUUGUGCUUGUUUCUCUCUACUCUUUGGAUUUUUGGGUGUUGCUACACAGUAUUUGGCUCUCUGUCCCUUGUUUUUUCAUGUGUUCUUCCUGUUUUUUCAUGAAUUUCAGCCAGAAGAUUUGUUCAUUUGAGGUGGGCUGAUGAUGGGUACCUGCCAAAUGUGAAUCCCUCACCAGAUUUAAUGUUUUUCCUUCCUGGGUUGGCAGAAUUUUGUGAUUUGAUGGUUGGUUUUAGAUAAAAUUUGGUGGAAUCUUCAAACAUUUUUCCCUCAAAAGAAAAUCAUGGAAUUGGGUUCAUCUGGUGAGAGGAUGAGAGGGGAAAAGGAUGAAGAAAAAGUGUUGAGUCCUAUGUUCCCCAGGCUUCAUGUCAAUGACACAGAGAAAGGAGGCCCAAGAGCCCCUCCAAGGAAUAAAAUGGCUCUCUAUGAGCAGCUUACCAUUCCUACGCAAAGAUUUUCCUCUGGAUCAGCUUCCGCCACUCCUCUUCCAAGCAGCACUCCGGCUCCCUUGACAUCGUCGAGUCACUUUGCUGGCCAAAAAAGGGGCAUUUUCUCAGCGUCCUCCAAGUGCUCUGUGCAACCUCAUCAGGUUGAGAAACUUCACUCUUAUUCUUCUAGAGGAGUUGUGCAAAGUAACGAGGCAAAGUUGCUAAAGACAAGUCUGGUAGCAACGGGAUCAUUGUCAUCAAAUCCACAGCGCAAUUCAGUCACAAAGAUUAAAGUUUCGAAUCUCAAGAACUUUUCUUCGACGGAUGCUAGAGAAAAGGAUGACGAGUUCAGUAUUCCUGCCUCGGACCAGCCUAUAACUGGUGUGCACAAUCAUGAUAGGGAAAGGAUGUCAAGCAGGAGUAUGAGCUCUUCAGCACAAAUUGGAAUUGCUUGUGAACCACAGGCCAAUAUUGCUGUCACUAAUUUUACUUCUAGAAAAUAUGUGGGGAAUGAAGGUGCGGAGAAUCCAAAUUUGACGAAGGCUACUCGGGAUCCUGUGGAGAGACCUGUAUUGAUCGCUUCAGCCACUGGUAAGCCUUUGUUAGAGGUGAAGGCUUGCCCUUCAACAAAGUAUAAGGACUCUGAGAAGACAAAGCUACCUCAUCCAUCCAUGGUUAAAGAAAACUGGACUUCAGUCAGCAAUUCAAACAGACUUUUCGAUGCAAACGUGAGGGUAUUUGUAGAAAGUUUGACUGAGCGGAACUCUGAAGUUGCCCAAGACAAGGUGGGGUGCACCCAAGUUACCGGUUUGGAAAAGUUAUCCAUGGUGAUUAGAGAACCAUGUUCGUUGUUGUCGCCUAGAGUUAGCGAUAGAAAUUUCGAAAACCUCGAUAACCGCAACAGGACGAAUGAGUUCGAGAAGUUCUCUACUGUGCAUUUGAGAGACGUAGAACAAAAAGACAAUGCUUCAGAUGCUUCCUUAGUCGAUUCAACUACAGCUCCAAAUAUGUCACCUGAUGUCAUCGUGGGGUUGAUUGGCGAAAAACAAUUCUGGAAGGCUAGAAAAGCGAUUGUUCAUCAGCAAAGGAUCUUUGCAGUACAGGUGUUCGAGUUGCAUAGACUCAUAGAGGUUCAAAAACUCAUUGCUGGAUCACCACACAUCUUACUUGAAGACUACUUAGAGAAACCAUUAUCAACUCUAUCUGCUGUUAAGAACAAGCUAACUGAGUGUGCUCAACAACCGGUUUCAAAAAGCACCAUGGUGAAGGACCAUCAUCAAAAGCCCAAUCUCAUUCUCAGCAGCAAAUGUGCAGAUAAGAAUCCUGUUGCUAAGCUUCCCUUACCUUCUUUCAACAAGGACAACAGUAAACUUGCCCCUACUCAACAAACAAGCUACGAGCUUCGUGUAAAAGACACGCCACAAACUCCCACAGAUGCUGCUCCAAAAUCAGAUCCCUGGUGUUUGAACCACCCUACACCAGGAAAUCAAUGGUUGGUUCCUGUCAUGUCCCCUUCUGAAGGGCUUAUUUACAAACCAUAUGGAGGGCCAUGCCCUCCAAGUGCAGGAUUCAUGACACCAAUGUAUGGUAACUACGGAACAAUGAGCCUAAAUACAGGCAGUGGAGCUAGAGACUUUUACACUCCAGCUUAUGCUGUUCCUGCUUCUCACCAUCAAGGGUUUGGAUAUUUUCCUGGCACGAUUCCAUUGAACCAGACGUACUUUCCACCUUACGGUGUACCGGUAACUAAUCAAUCCAUGUCAGGGUCAGCUCCAGGUGUACCGGUAACUAAUCAAUCCAUGUCAGGGUCAGCUCCAGAUCAAAUGAGUCUUUUUGAUAAAGCCAAGUCUAAAGAACAGGAAAACCAGAUAUCAACUAGGGACAUCAACUACUUGACACAUCAAGAAAACUCAUGUGAGAUGCCGAGCCAAACAAGCCAUUCGAUGCCAUUUCAGGUUCGGAAAUUUCAUCGAUCAAAGGGAAGUGAGUUGUUGGGAAGUACAGCUAGUAGCCCCUCUAAGAGAGGUGAUGGAGAUGUGCUUCCUCUUUUUCCUACUGAGCCACCAGCAGUUGAGGAGUCCAGUCCAAAUGUAGAAAUCAGUGAGAACAAAUCAAGGGCAAUUAAGGUUGUACCUCACCAUCCUAAAACUGCAACUGAAUCAGCAGCUAGGAUAUUUCAGUUAAUACAAGAAGAAAGAAACCAACUAUGAUGUAUCUUAAAAUUAUAUUUGUAGAAAUCAACUUUUACCCACUCCAUUUUGCUUGACAACAGAGGAUUUCAGCUCCUCAUAGCUGAUGAAGUUCAUUUGGGAAGUGACAUCCACAGAGUUGUCAAUAUUCUUACUGAGAUGUAAGAAAAAUGUGUCUGUAAUCACGUUUUUCUGGCUUAUGAAAAUGUGAAUAGAUUUCUGAAA